AGCCCAAGGUUGGUUCUAGAAGCGACGAAACUCAACCUUAACACCUCUCCCUGCGGCCACCGCUCCACCCCCUACUUGACUUGCCCAACGCCUUCGAUCUCCUCUGCAAGCUCUGACGCGCUCCCAUGGCGCUCCUCUCCGCUACCUCCCCCGCCAAGACGUCCCGCCUCUCGCUCUUCCUCCACGAGGAGUCCUCCUCCUCCUACUACUCGGCGCUGCAGCAGCACCACCACCAGAGCGGCGGGCUCCUCUGCUGCGGCGGCAAGAGGCUCAAGAGGGCGCGCGCCAGGCCGUGCGCGGCGGUAAUGCGGCCGCCGGACGCGGCGCCCGUCGUCGCGGCGGAGACGGUGGCUGGGAAAGGGGGGAAGAGGCCGCGCGUGCUGGUGGCCGGCGGCGGCAUCGGGGGCCUUGUGUUCGCGCUGGCGGCGAGGCGGAAGGGGUACGACGUGACGGUGUUCGAGCGGGACAUCAGCGCGGUGCGCGGGGAAGGGCAGUACCGCGGGCCCAUCCAGAUCCAGAGCAACGCGCUGGCGGCGCUGGAGGCCAUCGACAUGUCCGUCGCCGAGGAGGUCAUGCGCGAGGGAUGCGUCACCGGCGACCGCAUCAACGGGCUCGUCGACGGCAUCUCCGGCUCCUGGUACAUCAAGUUUGAUACCUUUACUCCUGCAGCCGACAGAGGGCUCCCAGUCACAAGGGUCAUUAGCCGCAUGACUCUGCAGCAGAUUCUUGCUCGUGCUGUUGGUGAUGAUGCUAUAAUGAAUGAUUGCCAUGUAGUUGAUUUUAAAGAUGAUGGCAACAAGGUUACUGCCAUAUUGGAGGAUGGGCGGGAAUUUGAAGGUGAUCUUUUGGUUGGUGCAGAUGGCAUGUGGUCAAAGGUAAGGAAGGCGCUUUUCGGGCAAACAGACCCAUCUUAUUCAGAAUACACUUGCUACACCGGAAUUGCAGACUUUGUGCCUCCUGAUAUUGACACGGUUGGGUACCGAGUGUUUCUUGGUCACAAACAAUAUUUUGUCUCUUCAGAUGUCGGUGGCGGUAAAAUGCAGUGGUAUGCAUUUCACAAGGAACCUGCUGGUGGUACUGAUCCUGAAAAUGGCAAAAAGAAAAGAUUGCUCGAGAUAUUUAGUGGUUGGUGUGAUAAUGUCAUUGAUCUGUUAAAUGCAACUGAUGAGGAAGCAAUUCUUCGCCGGGAUAUAUAUGACCGUCCACCUACUAUUGACUGGGGGAAAGGUCGCGUCACCUUGCUUGGUGACUCUGUCCAUGCUAUGCAGCCAAAUCUGGGUCAAGGUGGCUGCAUGGCUAUUGAGGAUGGUUACCAACUUGCUGUAGAGCUUGAGAAGGCCUGGCAGGAGAGUAUCAAGUCUAGAACUCCUGUUGACAUUGUUUCCUCUUUGAGGAGUUAUGAGAAGGAGAGAAGGCUGCGUGUUGCUAUUAUUCAUGGAUUGGCAAGAAUGGCAGCAAUCAUGGCUACUACUUACAGACCAUAUUUGGGUGUUGGUCUGGGACCUUUAUCGUUUUUGACAAAGUUGAGGAUACCACAUCCUGGAAGAGUUGGCGGGAGAUUCUUCAUCAAGUAUGGAAUGCCUUUGAUGCUGAGCUGGGUUUUAGGUGGCAACAGCUCAAAGCUAGAAGGAAGACCAUUAAGUUGCCGGCUUUCUGAUAAGGCGAACGACCAGCUUGGUCAGUGGUUUCAGGAUGAUGAUGCAUUGGAACAAGCUAUGGGUGGAGAGUGGUACCUCUUCCCUGUGAGCUCUGGAAAUGACUCUGCCUCGCAGCCCAUUCGUUUAAUUAGGGAUGAACAGAGGACACUCUCUAUUGGAAGCCGACCGGAUCCCAAUAAUUCUGAUUCUUCCCUGGCGUUGCCCUUGCCACAGAUAUCAGAAACCCAUGCUACCAUCACAUGCAAGAACAAGGCCUUCUAUUUGACAGAUCUCGGAAGUGAGCACGGUACAUGGUUUACCGACAACGAAGGUAGACGCUUCCGCUUGCCUCCAAACUUCCCAGUUCGUUUCCACCCAUCUGAUGCCAUUGAGUUUGGUUCAGAUAAGAAGGCCAUGUUCCGGGUGAAGGUGCUGAAUACGCUUCCAUACGAAUCGGCAAGAAGCGGAGGCCAAGUCCUACAGGCAGCAUGAGUGGAGACUUCAACCAUGAUUCCUGUCAUCAGCUACUGUACAGCAUUCAGUAAACAGCCGACAUUGCAUCACAGAAAGGAGAGAUAGUCUCCGUGAAAGGAAGUAAAGAGAAGUGAUUCUUGCAUUCGUCCAUAUGUCACGAACAGGAUUUUGUAUAGCUUCUGACAGAACUACUUUUGCAGUUCUACGAAAAAGAACUGAGGUGUACAAUAGGAAUAGGCAUUUUUAGCUGUUGCCGCUGUAAUACAGUACAUUGCUGUGCUAUUAACACAAGUUAAUAUAUUUCAUCAAGGUAGAAUGCAGUUACAACA